GGCAAUAAUUACUACAUUGUAAAACUUGCACUACAGCUACAACGGCACACAUUCACACUCACACUCCCCAAUUUGUGCUUUUCUUCGUUUUCGGUGGGCAGGGCAUGUGGGUUUCUUCAUAUCUCGGCCACUGAUUCAGCAUUUCAGAUUUCUGGGUUCUCAAAACCUCUUCCCUUCUACUCCAAUUCUUGUAACUUGUACUGGUUUCUGAGAGAUUUGGGAUCUGGGUUGUUUUCAGAUUUCGGUUGAGAUUGAGAGUGAAUACUUUUUGGGACUUGUAGAGGGUUGCUAUGGCAGGAGGAGGUCCACCGAAGCCGGAAGAGCCGGCGCCACACCCACCAAAGGAUCAUCUUCCCGAUGUUGCCUAUUGCAUUACUAGUCCUCCACCAUGGCCUGAGGCUAUCCUUCUUGGCUUUCAACAUUAUCUGGUGAUGCUUGGCACAACAGUUCUCAUUCCCACUGCUCUUGUUCCUCAAAUGGGGGGAAGGAAUGAGGAGAAAGCAAGGGUCAUUCAGACACUGCUCUUUGUUGCUGGAUUGAACACAUUACUGCAGACACUAUUUGGAACUAGAUUGCCUGCUGUGAUUGGAGGGUCAUAUACGUUUGUUGCAGCCACAAUUUCAAUUAUCCUUUCUGGUCGAUUCAAUGACCCAGACCCCAUAGAGAGAUUCAAAAGAACAAUGCGUGCAAUCCAGGGUGCACUCAUUGUUGCUUCUACUCUUCAGAUUGUCCUAGGCUUCAGUGGCCUUUGGCGUAAUGUUACAAGGUUCUUGAGUCCACUCUCAGCUGUUCCAUUGGUUGCUCUGACUGGUUUUGGGCUCUAUGAGUUUGGUUUUCCUGGGGUUGCUAAGUGCAUUGAAAUUGGACUGCCACAGCUUAUCCUUUUAGUUAUUUUCUCACAGUAUCUGACCCAUGUCAUGCACCGAGGAAAAUUUAUCUUUGAACGGUUUGCUGUAAUAUUCACGGUGGUGAUUGUGUGGAUUUAUGCUCACCUACUCACUGUUGGUGGAGCCUAUGAUGGUAAAGCGCCAAAAACACAGAUAAGCUGUCGUACUGAUCGGGCUGGACUUAUUAGUGGUGCUCCUUGGAUAAGAAUUCCAUACCCCUUUCAAUGGGGAGCUCCUUCUUUUGAUGCUGGUGAAGCGUUUGCAAUGAUGGUUACCUCAUUUGUUGCUCUUGUAGAGUCCACUGGCGCCUUUAUUGCUGUAUCAAGAUAUUCAAGUGCAACUCCUUUUCCGCCUUCUGUUCUCAGCCGAGGUGUUGGUUGGCAGGGAAUAGGCAUUUUGCUGUCUGGUUUGUUUGGAACUGUCAAUGGAUCCUCUGUCUCAGUUGAGAAUGCUGGGCUUCUAGGUUUGACUCGUGUUGGCAGUAGACGGGUUGUGCAAAUAUCUGCCGGCUUCAUGAUUUUCUUUUCCAUUCUUGGAAAAUUUGGAGCCGUCUUUGCCUCAAUUCCAGCACCAAUUUUUGGUGCUCUAUACUGCCUUUUCUUUGGUUAUGUGGGGGCGGUAGGUUUAAGUUUCCUUCAGUUCUGCAAUCUCAACAGCUUCCGGACAAAAUUCAUACUGGGCUUCUCCAUCUUUCUGGGGCUCUCCAUACCCCAGUACUUCAACGAAUACACAGCUAUCAACGGCUAUGGCCCGGUUCACUCCAGUGGAAGAUGGUUCAACGACAUGAUCAACGUUCCCUUCUCGUCAGAGGCGUUCGUCGCAGGACUGCUGGCAUACUUCCUGGACAACACACUGCACAGGAGAGAUCUUGUAGUAAGGAAGGACAGAGGGAAGCACUGGUGGGACAAAUUCAGGUCCUACAAGACUGAUACAAGGAGUGAGGAGUUCUAUUCCCUGCCUUUCAAUCUCAACAAAUACUUCCCAUCUGUGUAGCUGUUUGUUGUGCUGUGGGUCUUUUGCUUUGCUUCCCAAUGCGUUCUAUCUUACAUAUAUAUAUAUAUGCUAGAAUUGUGUUAUUUACAUCAUAUGUUCAUGCUCUAUGCCCCCCAGUACAUUCUUGUUUGUUUAUUUUGAAGUGUUGUAAAUCAGUGGAUGAUGCGGAUUUUGAAGUGGCAAUGGAAGUGUUUGCUGCCAUCAUGUUCAGUUUAGGAAAUAAAAAUAUAUAAUAAUUUUGUUUUUCUUAAUUUUUGAAA